AGAGAGAGAGAGAGAGAGAGAAUCUAUGGCGGUUUGCCAGCUGUGAAGUUGCAGGAUCCACCAAAAAGAUCACUCUCUCUCUCUCUCUCUCUCUUCUCUGACCUUGAGACCCACGGGAGACGACGUGCUCCUGCUCCUGCUCGUGCAUGGCUUCUUGAGUGAGCAGCGCGUGUCGAUCGGCGACGAGGAGGAGGAGGAGGAGGAGCCGCCAUUCCCUUCCCUUCCCUUCCCUUCCCUUCCCAUGGUCGAUCGCUCCUCCGCCUACAACGGCUCGUUCAGGGGCGGCGGGGCUACCAAGGCGACGCCGCUCAUGGCGGCUUCUCCUUACUUGGGCGGCGGCGGCGAGAAGAAGCCCUGGUGGCUCACCAACCGCAAGAUUGUGGAUAAGUGCAUUAGAGAUGCUAGGAACCUCAUCGCCACUCGAGAGUGGAGCGAGGUUGCUUCCGCGAUAAGCCUCUUGGAUUCGGCAUUGGCCCUGUCGCCUCGCCUCGAGCUCGCCCUCGAGCUCAAGGCGAGGUCGCUGCUCUUCCUCAGGCGGUUCAAGGACGUCGCCGAUAUGCUCCAGGACUACAUUCCCAGUCUCAAGAUGGCGAGCGACGACACCGGUUCCGUUGCCUCCGACGGCUCCUCCCAGCAGCUGUCCAAGGAGCAAGCCAAGCUCCUCUCCGGUUCUUCCGAUUCGUCCAGCCGGGAUCCGAGUUUCAAGUGUUUCUCCGUCUCGGAUUUGAAGAAGAAAGUCAUGGCUGGGCUGAGUAAAAGUUGCGAUAAGGAAGGUCAAUGGAGGUACUUGGUUCUGGGUAAAGCGUGCUGCCAUUUGGGCCUAAUGGAGGACUCUCUGGUACUUCUGCAAACAGGAAAACGCUUGGCUACUGAUGCGUUCCGACGUGAGAGCGUGUGCUGGUCCGACGACAGCUUCUCUUUUCCUGAAUUGCCGAGCUUUAGUGAAACAAUCGCCGCGAAAAAGGCCAACCCGCGGCCGACUGAAUCGGCAUUAGACUCCAUCAACCAACUCCUGAGCCGCGUGAAAUUCCUCCUUCGCCGCCGUACAGCUGCUCUUGCCGCUCUCGAUGCUGGCCUCUACUCUGAGGCCAUACGCCACUUUACCAAAAUCGUCGAUGGAAAAUAUGGGGCUCCUCAGGGAUUCCUUGCUCAAUGCUACCUGUACCGUGCCUCUGCUUACCGCUCGGCUGGAAGGAUCGCGGAAUCCAUUGCUGAUUGUAAUCGGACACUUGCACUUGACAACAGCUGCAUUCAAGCCCUGGACACCAGAGCUUCGCUGCUAGAAGCAAUAAGGUGCUUGCCAGAUUGUCUGCAUGACCUGGAACACUUGAAACUUCUAUACAAUACAAUCCUGCGCAACAGGAAACUCCCGGGCCCUGCUUGGAAACAGUACAAUGUGCGUUAUGCUGAAAUUCCGGGCAAGCUGUGUCUUCUCACAACAAAAAUCCAAGAGUUGAAGCGAAGGGUAGCUUCGGGUGAGACUGGAAAUGUAGACUACUAUUCUUUGAUUGGGUUAAGGCGGGGUUGUUCGAGGUCUGAACUGGAGAGAGCAUAUCUGUUGCUUUCUCUGAGACACAAGCCCGAUAGGGCUAUAGAUUUCUUGGACCGGUGUGAGUUUGCUGAUGAUUUCAAUCUCGACUCAGUCAAGGACCGUGCAAAGGUCUCAGCUGUGUUGCUGUAUAGACUGCUUCAGAAGGGUUAUGCCCGUGUUAAGGCUACGAUCACAGAAGAGGAAGAAGCGGAGAAACAGAGAAAGAAGAUUGCAGCUGCACUGCAAGCAGAACAAGCAUCGAUUCAAGCAAAACAAUGCCAUGAAGCCAAACCAGAGACAAAACCCAACACAAUCACCAUCCCAAAACCAUUAGACAAUACGGCCCCUGUUCAGAUCGACUCAGGCCGUGCCAAUACAAAAACAUCUAUUGAUGCAUCAGUCUAUCAAGGAGUGUUUUGCCGUGAUCUGGCUGCGGUGGGAAGUUUGUUGUCUCAAGUCGGGUUUAACCGUCCACUUCCAGUGAAAUAUGCUGCAUUGAGCUGCUGAUUAUGUUACAAGAUUUAGCUUAUAUAUAGUUCUAUCGAUGUCGCCCAACGGGCAAUUCUGGUUCAAAAUUUCUUUGUACAGAUGGGGCAUCGUAGGAUUACCGGAAAAUUUUGCACCUUCCUCUUUCUUUCCUUCCUCAUCAAUCCGCCUGUACAGAGAUGUUCAUCAUUCAAUACUACCCACUUCCCUUCUCC